AUGCCUCCAAUCAACCAACUCAAUCCUCUAAUACCUUCAGAAUUCGUCACCCCGCAAGGUUAUGGCCGGAGCGGGUCGGCCUCCCUCCCUGCUUGUAGUAGCAAGGCGUUCGUCCACUUCAGUUUGGUCCCCUUAUCGCCCCAAAUUGGGAUGUGCAACCAGCCAAAUGAUCGCUGGCCAAACCAGUCCGAAGUGUUGCAAGGAGAUCCCCAAGAUGAAGAUAAUAGGCCGGUUACUCGAAAACCUGGCUACAUUCAGUCUGUAACCCCCUCGGCCAGUGAUAACAAUGAUGGUGGGGACUCCACUAGUAAUUUACCAGGAAGCUCCUCCGCAGACCUAAUAUCUAGUUCUUCGAUUGAUUCGUUUUCUAAAUCGCGGAGGUCUCAGCGCACGCAGAGGGCAUAUCCUUCUAUCUCUGUCAAUACUACAUCGAAUAUAGAGAUGGAAGUUGGUGACUCUCCUAGGAAGUGGGUAUAUUGGAGUGUAGAUUCAACCAAAACCCGGUUACAUGAGAUAUGCGUGGAGGCGCAAACUGGAGCGAAGCGUGGCCGCGAAUUCAUAAAUGAGCUACUAGAGAGCUAUCGCCGGCUUCGGGGAAUUCGCUCGUGGCUUUCUCUUACGGACUGCGCGACAAGUACUGAAGUCCAAGCCUUGACUAUCUUGCAGUUCAUCCGCCUUCUGGACGAAAAGGAUCUUGUAAAAUGUGGGCCUGAGAAAGUUAACCUUGAUGAGAUUCGCCGAACACUGGAGUAUGAUAUCAGCACGGGCAGUAUCCCGGACGAAGACCUUCAUCUGGCGUGGGUAGAGACUACGCUUGCACACUAUAUCUUACACCACCACAAACAUAUUACGGACGAUAACAUUAACGACAUCAUCUCUGGUCUACCCAAGAAAACCAAAAUUUGUGUGGGUAAGAAGGCUCGGUCAGUUGGUUACGGCAUCCAUGGAGUCUACGGACUUUCACUUACGAAAUUUUUCUACCUAUUAGCGGUAUCUACGGGGAUCGGUCUUAGCUUUUUCGUAUACUGGCUUGUAAAACAUCCGGGAGAUAUUCAAAACGCUUCAGUCCCGUAUUUCAUGCUUAUGACGGCUGUCGGAGGUUUUAUCGCCCUUCCAGAUCUCUACAUAGAGGAUCAAGUUAGGCCUGGAGGAGGUAUAAACGUAAAAUGGGAGGGCGACCAAACUGCUCAAGCCAUACAGGUUUCAUGGUUGGCUUCUGAACUGGAGCAAGCGCCUGAUAACAGAAUGUACAUAUGUGGCGCAUUAACACACACACACGUGCGGUUGCGAUUUCGGCGGGGGUCCGCACAGCCACAGGCCGAGCUUUUAAUGGGUCUAAGUAAAUUACACGAAAAGUCAUUAAUUACCGGCCUUGCGUCAAUCUUCGUGCGAUAG